AUGGCUGACCAUACCAUGCAGCAGGUUAUUCGUGACAAGUUCAGAAACUCCACAUUUCCGACCAUCAUGCACCGGCUCAGGACCAUCAUGGACAGUGGCUGGAUUCUGGUCAUGGACCAGGGCAGAGUUGCAGGGUUUCGCUUGGUCGAGAGCAUGGAACUCAACAAGAGAUGCUGA